AAUUAAAUUUUCCUCCCUUAUUAACUUUUUAAAGUUUCACCUUCUGUCUAUAAAAAAAAAAUUUUUUCUUUUUUUUUUCUUUCUUUUUUUUUUAGCUACGAAAAGAUUUGCAAGAGAUAUUAACUUACAUACUAAAGGGAGUGCAAAAUAAUUAUUGUUUGUACGACAAAUUAUACUAAGCAACCACGACUUCAAAAGUAUAUCGGUUUGACGAGACGAAAGAUAAGCGAGUUGAAAUAUGUCGCAAGUUAAUUCAAAUGUUGAAGAUACAAAUAAUUGUAAUAAUGAUUCUAAGCCCUCGGCGUUGAUAGAAACAUUAUAUGGUAUACCUGCGUUCACCGAAUCCAUCGAAACUGUCAAGAAAUACAAAUUUGGCCGUUUAACUUUCGAUUUCGCUGAUGCCAGUGCACGUAGAGUUUCCGUUUUUGCAAAACCUGUUUCUUACAAGUUUAGCGACCAACUUGAAAAAGCGGACAAGAUUGCUGCUGCAUCCGUUCAGCACUUAAGUACACAAGUUCCAAUCGUUAUUAAUACUUUAAAGGAGCCAGCGAUUCAAACAAUUUCAACUGUUAAACAAUAUCAAGAACAACUUGGUUGUACAAUUGAAGAUAAUAUUAAAACACCUGGAAGUCGUUUUAUAAUGAAUUGUGAUUCUCAACUCGCUCCCUUCGUUGAUGUAAUUGAAGACUUAUUUAAAAAAAUUAUUCCUGAGGAGAAUGGUGAAACUAAUAGAGAAAUUCGGGAUGAUCAACAACAGAUUGCGCAAACUCUUCGUGUUGUCCAUCUAGCUAUUGCGACGAGAGAUCGAUGCGUUGAAAGAGUGAAGAAACAACUAACUACUACACAAUCUUAUACUGCUGAUCAACUUAGGCAAUUACAAGAAUCAAAUCAAUUAUUAUGCAAGGCUACCGACACUGUAAAUACUUUGAAUCAAUCAUUACUUGGAAUGGUUGUAAAUCUUCGUGAAACUGUUCAAAAUCCUGAUCUCGCAGUUACUCUUCAAGCUCAUUUGCAAAAUAUUGCUGCUGUAAUUUAUAAGGAUGAAGAAAAUCUUCCCAAAGCUGUACAAGCGAGAAUAAUUGAUUAUUCGUCAGCUCUUUUGGCUAUUACUGAUAGUAUUGGAAAUUACAUUAAAUUAAAUGCUCAACAUUCCCCUGAAUAUCUUCAAGAACGUCUCAAGCCUUUGGUAACCUUCUUUGAAGAACGUUACGGUGAUGUUGUUAAUGAAAUUAAAAAUGGUAAAGGUAGCCCUAUUGAAAAAGCAAGAAAUAUUCUUCAACUAACCACAAAUCAUACUUUACCUUUACUUCGCUCUUCUCUUUCCGAUCUACAAGAAGCAAUUCAGUGUUAUACAAAUUCAUUGAACACAUCAUUUAAUAACCAAUUUAAUAAUGCUUCACAAGUUCUUAAUGUCAAAUGAAUCAUAAAUUUUAUGUAUUAAUUUGACAUUUUUUCAAAUCAUCGCAGCGGAUAAUAAACGGCUUUUAUUUGUUCCUUGUUUAUCUAUAUUCCUCGUUCCAUUCUCUUCAUCCCUAUCCCAAAUUAUAACUCAUCUAUAAUUCAAUAAUUUCUCCUUACAGGAAUUAUAUCCCUUUUUACUUUUAAAAAGAAAAGAAAAAAAUUCUAGAAAACAAUAGUAAAUUUUUAGAAUUUGAAAAAAAUUUUUUUUAAUCUUCACUUAUUGAUGUUUUAUCUAAAUUUAUUUGGUACAAGUACAAAUUCACAAUCAAAAAAAAAGAAAAAAGAAAAAAGAAAAAAAA